AAAAAAAGAUUUGUCGAUUUUAAGCCUGCAUUAUGAAGAUCUCAAUGAAUCAAACCGAGACCGACAAAUGUCUCUAUAAACCGCUACAGGCGUUCGACAAAACUUGGGGAAUUUUCUCUCCUUUACCCCAUUAUAAUAAUUUCUGUCGAUUUAGGUUAGCACAAGAAUGUGUGUGACACUGAUUGCUGACCUUGCGCUGAUCUUUCAGACUCUUAGCUGGCAGAAAGAACGGCCUCAAUGAAUACAAAAACAGUGGGAAAUUCAAUUCGGCUUUGACCAAUACCAAUCGAUGCCGAUGAACUUCCCAGCAGACAUGGAUGAUGGAGAAAUCGCCAUGGCAGGGAACCAUCACCACCUGAUCGACAUCGCGCCGCUGGACGCGAGCACGGGCGCGGCCACAGGCACCACCGAUGCUGCCACGGUGCCUGUAGCGGUAGGUGGCGGCGGAAACGAGAAGAAGUGGCUGCGGAAGCUCACGUCGGCGACGGUGAACACGGCCGUGCUCCGAGACCUCAUCUCGCGGACGCCGAUGCUGUGGUACCUCGGCCAGCAAUCGGGGACAAUCUUCCGGCCGUGCGCCCGGCGCGAGCCCGUGGAGGCGCUCCACGCGGUGCGCGCCGUGGCCAUCGGCCCGUUCCACCGCGGCGACCGCGGCCUCCCCUUCCCGGAGGACGUCAAGCUGCCGUUCAUGCGGUACCUUCAGGACCAGUACGGGCUCGACGUCGACGACUACGUCGCGGUGCUCUGCCUCGAGCGCGACCAUCUCCGCGGCGAAUUCGCCGGCGGCGACGGCGGGGACGCGGCCGCCGCGGGGAUCCUGGACGACGAGGACAGGUUCCUGGAGAUGCUGCUGCUGGACAGCUGCUUUCUCCUCGUGGUAAGCAUGAUGCUCAGCAGGACCGGCACCGGCGACGACGCCGACAGCGUGGCGCGGGCGGCGUCCAUCAACAGGGACUACUUCAUCCUGCACAUGGCCGUGGCGCAGCACGCCGACGACAUUAAGCUGGACAUGCUGGUGCUCGAGAACCAGGUCCCCUUAGCCGCCGUCAAGCUCCUAGCCGCCUCGUGCCCGGGGCUCAAGCUCCGGCACUCCCUCGAGGAGCUCGUGCUCGGAUGCUUCGACGACAUCUGCCCGAAGCGAGCGCGCCGCGGCGGCGAGAGCCCGGCGGCCGGUGGCGAGUUCCACCACGUCCUGCACCUCUUCCACUGGUCCCGCGUGCCUAGGGACAAGUACUGCGUCCUCUCGACGCCGCGGAAGCUCCUCAAGAUCAAAAAGGAGUCGGAGCGGCUGUUCCCCUGCGCCAUGGAGCUCCGGCGGUCGGCGGUGUGGUUCCGGCAGGUGUCGCCGUCGACGGGCUGCGGCGACCUGGACAUGCGGUUCUGGCGCCACCCGGCGAGCCCGGUGGCCGUGAUGAGCGUGCCGUGCUUCCACGUCCACGAGUACACCGCGGCGGUGCUCCACAACCUCGUGGCCUUCGAGAAGCACUUCUACUGGGCGCACGGCGCGUGCGUGACGGCGCACGUGGCGCGGGUGGAGGGCCUGGUCCGGUGCUCGCAGGACGCGGCCAUGCUCCGCAAGCGAGGGGUCCUCGCCAGCACGCGGCGCACGGACGCCGAGCUGGUGGCGCUGUUCCGGGAGCUCGGCGAGGAGACCGUCGGGGCGCGGCUCCCCAACGAGUACGGCGAGAUGCUCGACGCCGUGGCACGGCACAGGGCACGGCGCGUGAGCUGCUGGUGCGGCGGAUUCGUGCUGCACUUCUUCCCGUCGCCGUGGGUGGCCGUCUCGCUCGCCGCCGCCGUGGCGCUCAUCUUCGUGCCGGCGAUGCUGCAGACGGUCUACACCAUGCUCGGCUACUUCAAGAGUAGCUGACUAGGGGCACCAUCACAUCCCGGAGCCCCCUCCCUCACGAUCUGUUCUGCGUCUCCCGCGUAGGGUCGCCGCCCGCUGCCGCAACUCGCCUCUCCCAGCUUUCCAGUUUGUGUUGUCUGCCUGUGCUCCAGCUUUAAUUUCGCUCUCGCACCUCCACCACUCGCCCGUGCUUCGUGCACGCUCAUGGCAGCUUCACCUGGCGCUCUUCCCCACCUAGGCAAACAAAAGCACCAGCGCAUAAAACAAAUUAAAAAUAUGCCAACCACGCAGCAACCACGCUGCAGUGCGCGGUGUGCGCCAUUCUUAACUGCAAGCGAAAAUGAACAAGAACUCAAGAAGCAUUCUGGGUGGAGUUAACAAGGAGGGGAAGAAGAAGAAAUAACCACUUGAGAUUCUUUUUGCCCCGUCACAAUCUCAUCACCCGAUCUAGCUACCGCAGAUGCCCUGACAACUCGUCAAAUCGCAAUGAUCUGAUCAAUACAGUGCUUAAUUUGCAACAUGGCUCCACGGAUCAGCAACUUUCAUGAUCUGAUCGAAGCCAUGGGAAGCCAGGGCCUUGACUCUUUUGUGUAGCCACAAUCCCAAGGACGUAGCAGAAAACAUGGGACUUUGCUUGCCAGAUUCCAUGAUCCUGUCGCUGCAGUGAAGUUGUGAAUCUAGCGUGGUUAAUUAGGUCCGAAUUUGACUCCCUAACUAAAGAGAUUUGGAAUAAAAAAAUUAUAAAAAAUAGGUGGGGGCUUCCCCUCCCGAUUUCGGUCAAAAAUAGAUACAUGUAUAACUUAGUGUUGU